AUGGUGGAAUUAACUGAGUUGACUGAAGAAUCCCCUAUUAACCAAACCACAGCUGGGGAAACUCUUGCUGAUCCAGCUGUCGAUUCUCUUCAACAAGCAGAUGAAUCUGAUGAAGAGGAGUUCUCCAGCGAUGAUGAGGACCUUUAUGAAGAUGAAAAUAUCUAUGAAAGAUUGAUUGCCUUGAAGGAUAUUAUCCCACCUCAAAAGAGAAAGACCAUCUCUUUUUUGUACAACGGAACUGUCUCUCUAUUCAGUAGUGUGUUUUCUAAGAGUGGUAACUUAUUGUGGGCUGUGACUACCUCUGCAUUGUUAUUGGGUGUUCCUCUAUCCUUGUCAAUCUUGGCCGAACAACAAUUGAUUGAAAUGGAGAAGAGCUUCGAUCUACAAAAGGAUGCUAAUGAUAUUUUGGCUGCUGGUGAGGGUGCUUCCCCAGCUUCUCCAGGUGCCCCAGCAACUGCCAUUUAA